AUAAACUGGCUUGAUAACUCUCUAUUUGAAAAAAAAAAAAAAAAGUAAUCAAGAUGAGGAAAAAUAAGCAAGAUGAACUGUGGGACGAUUCUGCCCUGAUUAACGCCUUCAAUGAUGCCAUCUCCAAGUACAAGAAAAUGCAUAUUCAAGGAAGCCAAGUCAGCUCAGCUGAUGGUCAAGAACAUGCUGGAAGGGUUGAUGAGAUAAGUGAUGACAACAAGGUUCCAUCAAACAGCGCUGCUGAAACAGAAGAAAAUGGUAAUGUGCCAACUGUCAAAGAAUCAUCUUUUUUGGAAUCAGAAGCUCCUGAAGACCAUGUAGUUUCAUCUACUGGGCAAGACAUCCAUCAAGAGCCUGAGGGUUAUCUAAACUUGCAGACUACUGAACACUACAAUCAGUUGGUAAACAAAUAUUAUGAGCUUGAGGAUCAGAGGCAAAAGAUUCUGCAGCAACUUAACGAGUUUGGUUAUUGGAAUUAUGAUUCUGGUUUAACUGCUUCCGUGUCUCAAGAGCCUGAAACCUCUACUUCCCAAGCUUAUCCAACAGUUCCAAGUUCUUUCUGUCCUUAUGGGUGUCAAAGUUGGGUAGCUCCAUGCACUUCAGUACCUUGUUAUUUCUCUGGUGGAGCUUGUGCUGGAAACUCUUGCAAUGCUUCUGCAAAAGGUGCUACUACUAAAAACUUAACAUCUCCAGGAGAAACUGAUUUUGUUAAAACAGCAGUGUUUGCUGCAGAACAAGCACUGUCUUCCUUGAAGGAACAAGCUUGCACUAAUUGUGAUGCUUCUGUAAAUGAAGGGAAAGAGAAACAGUCACAGAAAAAUUUCUGUCAUUUAGAGAAAAGUACCAGUUCGGAAACAGAUCUUACUGUUGUUUUGAAUGCUUGGUAUUCUGCUGGUUUCUACACUGGCAAAGGGGCUUGAGGGUGAACAAACGUGAGUUGCUGCCGCGGUAGCAAUGGUAGUUGCUGUCACAGAAGAAAUGUUAGUUGCUGCCGCAUUUUGAAGGGAGGCGUUGGGAGGUCUCUCUGAGCGGUGUUGGUGGUUUUGCCGGGGAUUGCCAUUGAAGUAUUAAAAGGAGCAUGAUGAGGGAGAGAUCAUAUAGUGAGGAUUAUUGGUGGUUUCACUCUUAAGUCUAUAUUCUGAUUAUCGACUUCAAAGUUGUUAUGGUUGAAGUUGAUUUCAAGAUAUCGACUUCUAUAAUUUUGGUAAUUGCAAAAGCCCAAUAUUUCUUUAAAUUGAUUAAAAAAUAUCUAUGUAAAUACUCCCAUUACGUGUUGAUACUAA